AUGCUGUCGAUAUGGACCAUCAUCCGCACCGCUCUCACCAUCCUCAUCGCGACGACGCUGCCGCGCGCCCAUGCGAACGGGUGCUACCACAGCGGGCUCACAUUCACCGAGCUCCAAGGCGGCUCCCCCCCAUACGACAAGCAAUCGACCUACGAUACCCACGACGACCAGGUCAAAGAAGAUGUCCUCACCGACAUCAACAAGACCUGCCACCUAGCCUCGGCGGCCAACCCCAUCAGCGGCGCUAAGCCCUUCAAGCUGUGCACCACCUGGAACAAGACGAUAUCUGACAACCUGGGAUGCUACGAGAUGUGCACAAGCGAUUGCAAAGCCCCUUCCUGGGGCCGGGCCGGCGAUUUCGGCGCCUCCCUGUGUGGGUUGGGCUGCGACAAGAACUGCGAGAAGCCGCCCGAGGGCAACAAUCACCUCGACUACGAGAUCAAGCCGGGGGACAAUAGUAGUGACGACGAGGGCAAUUCUAAGGAUCUGGAUGAGCAGAAGUGCAUUACGGCUUUGUAUACCGAAGUUCACGGCUGCCAGUCGGGGAGCGAGCAGAAGCACGACGGCUUCUGGUUCAAGCUUGAUCCCAACACUGGGGAUUGUGGAUGA